AUGUCUUCUACCUGGAAAGUGCAAGCGGGCAAAGCCCGCAACAUCCUCGAGGAGUCUAUCCCGAAGCAAUGGCUAGUCCCUGCCGACCAACUCCCUCCAUUGGAUCAGUUGAAUGUGGUGGGUUUCCCGCGCAAAAGUGGGAUGCUCACUGAGAAGGAACUCGCCAUAACCGAGUGCUCCGCGAUAGCUCUGGUAGCCGCUAUGGGCGAGGGCCGGUUCAGCGCGGAAGAAGUGGUUGUGGCCUUUUUAAAGAGAUCCCUCAACUUCGCUACUGAGUUCAUGGCCGAGGAAGCAAUUGCACGAGCCAAAGAACUAGAUGAGUACUACAAAGAGACAGGACAGCUGGUUGGGCCGUUGCAUGGUGUACCGAUCAGUGUCAAAGAACAUAUAGGGUUUAGAGGCAGGCACUUGAAUGCUGGCUACGUGACCUGGGUAGACAACAUAGCAACAGAAGACGCCCUUAUUGUGGAAUGUCUGGAAGAAGCAGGCGCAGUAUUCCAUGUGCGGACAAACGAGCCUCAGUCUCUCAUGCACCUAUGCUGCAGUAACAACCUCACCGGAACGACUCUAAACCCCUACAACCGCAACCUUAGCCCGGGUGGUUCCUCAGGCGGCGAGGGAGCAUCUAUGGGAUUCAAGUGCGCUCCGCUAGGCAUCGGAUCAGAUAUUGGCGGCUCGAUCAGAUGCCCGGCAGCAUUUUGCAAUGCAUACGGCUUUCGCCCAACAAUACACCGAAACCCAUGCAGGGGGUCUAAAGUGCCUGCACCGGGUCAAGAAUCUAUACUCGGCGUAAAUGGCCCCCUUGCUAGCCAGUGUAUCGAGGAUCUAGAUUUGUUCCAGCGUGCACUCCUAGACCAGGAACCAUGGGACGAAGAUACCUCGCUGGUGCCCCUGCCUUGGAAGCAAGUCAGUCCAACGGAGGAUAUAACAGUUGCUAUCAUGUGGGAUGACGGUUGUGUUCGACCCCAUCCUCCAAUUAUCCGGGCCCUGAAGCAUGCACAAGAGAGGCUCCGAGCUGUCGGCGUGAACGUGGUAGAUUGGGAACCAUACAACCAUGACCACGGUUGGAACAUCAUUUCCUCCCUCUACUUCGCAGACGCCGCAGAGCGUAACCGUGAACUGAUUCGCGAGACCGGCGAGCCAACCCUGACUCUCACCGAGUGGGCCUUCCAGUACAGCCGCUCAACACCACUCACCGUCACUGAAAAUUGGGCGCUCAACUCCCAAAGAGACGAAUACCGAAACGAUUACCAUGCGCUCAUGAAAUCGCACGGGGUGGACUUCAUUCUCUGCCCUGCACACGUCAGUGUUGCGAGUGUCUUGGGCGAAUCGCACUACUGGAACUAUACGGCCAUCUGGAACAUCCUUGAUCAACCUGCCGCGGUGUUUCCCAGUGGGCUGUAUGUGGAUCCAAAACUGGACACGGUCGACAGCUCCUACCAGCCGAGGAGCGCAGAGGAUGAGCGUGAAUGGAAGAAAUAUGCACCGGAAAGAUAUGUUGGGGCUCCGAUUGGGCUGCAGCUUGUGGGAAGGCACUUCAAGGAUGAAGAGACGUUGGCAGCUGCGAGCCUGGUUUCGAAUGUACUGAAGGAGAGUACAAAGCUGUGA